CUGGUCCCAGCAAGGCUUGUGCCUGGAUGAGAUUCAUGAAUAUGAAGUAAAUUGAGAAAUCCUCAUAGACUUGUUCGAUUUCUUCGUGUCAAUUUUGUCUUGUGCGGAUCCUGUCAACUUCGAGUCAAGGCCGUAAUGAAUACUUUAACAUUGUCCAUCGCAGUAACCUGCCACUUCACAUUAAAUACUUUUCUGCAAUUUCGUCGCACAGGACUUUUGAAAAGCACAAUACAUUUCUCGCAUGUAUGUCCUUUAUGAUAAAUUGGCAAAGCGGAAUUCUCUGUUUUCUUGUCUUCUCAACUGCAGGUCAUCUGAAUCAGGAUGGGAGAAAGGACUUCCCCUGUUAAAGAAGAUGUUCUUCAACUGUUGGAGGAAUUCAAGGAGGAGCUGAAUUCAGUGGAAACAGAGGAGAAUUUUGCGUUCACGGAUGAGGAAUGGCUGUCUCAUUUGGAGCUCAAAUUCUUUUUACGCGCUCAACGUGUGAGAUUGUUACGAUCAUUUGUGAAAGGAUUUGAAUCGCUGCACAAGCCGUCUUCCAGAGCUCGCCUGAAGGAGGCACUUUCAUUUGUGCAAGAGUUACUUGAAAAGAUUGAAAUAAAAUCACAGAAUCGUAUUUUGGCAACUGAGCCUGGGUCAAUUCCAAUAGUAUUGUCUUUAGCUCAGCGGUACAAAUUAUCAGCCAAUGAGACAGAUUUGUUCCAACUCCUAUUUGUUCGUGGAGCUUCUAAAUCUACAUUAGUUCGUACUUCAACAGCAGCAAUAAUUGGAGGGAAAGAUGAUAAAGAGAUGGUCAUAAAUCUUUGUGGUAUGAGCUUCAUGGAUUUGCAGGACUUUUUGCAUGACAAAAGAACUCAUAUAUCGGAGGGAAUCAUUAUACAGGAUGAUUAUGAUGGGAAGCUAAUCAUGUCCAAUGAUGCUAUAUCUGCAUUAUUGUUGCGGCCUUUGAAAACGGAACAACGCUUGAAAUUGAAUAAAACAGAGCUUUUAAAUAUUUUGGAGUCUAGAAAGAUUCAAAACAAAAUACCUAGGCAAACAAUUGAGCAUGUUCCACUUGAGGUUCCUGGGAUAAUGGCAACUAGUCCAGCAUCCUUGCCUGGUUCAGAAAAUACCAGUAAGAGCAUGCCAGAUGAUAAGGCAACAGGUGAAGUUGCUAACGGAUGUCUAACAGAGGAUAUCGUUUCUGAAGUGGUUGACCCGUAUACAUUGAUCAAUCAAAUACAAACAUCCACCCCUAAAAAAAACCUAGAUUUUGUUACCUCUGAAAUAAAAGGCCCUGAUGUGGCUCACCAGAUCAAAAGUUUAGAAAAUGGCAAAAUUUCUGGAUCUUCCUCCACCAUUUGCAAUGAGAAGGCAAAGGAUUCAGAUAGUGAGCUUGAUCCUUAUAGUUCAAGUCUUGAAUAUUUGGAUGAUGCAUUCCAAGUCUUGUCUCUGAAACUUCGUAUUUCAAAGGCACGCCAUAAAGAGAAUUUGAAAGAAGCAUUUAACAAUGAGCGUUCUAGGCAUCGGUCCUCCCGAUUAAUCAAUGACACGAGUAUUCGUGAACUGCAUGCAAAGUUAAAGUUUGUGCAAAGUCGACAUGAGGAAAGAAUCAAACUUACUGAGGAAGCAUUCAAACAUGGAUACACAGAGCUUCCUCGAUUGGAAGUGCUUGCUACAAAGCUUGGAUUGGAUACAUUUGAGAAAGGGGUUAUCCUUAUGCUCACUGCUGUGUCAAUAUCACCAGUUGUGAAAAGUAUUUUUCAAGGUGAUGCUGGAGAUGGGCUUUAUUAUUCCAGUAAAUGUUUGCAGGUGAAAGAUUUUCUAUCAAUCUUCUUUGAAUCCUUCAAGGAACAGGUUUUGGCUCGUACACAUUUCCAUAAAUCAAGCAUACUUGUUUCAAGAGGAAUGAUUAGGCUUAGGGCUGUCAAUUACACUCGUGGAAGUGGGGAUUUGAUGGAUCAGCAGGUAGAUCUAGAUCGUCGUAUUUUGGAUUGGAUUGUAGGUCUUGAUACUGAAAUUGAUGAGCUCAUUGAAGGAAGCCAUUUAUACAAGCCCAAGGUGUCAAUGCAACAAGUUGUUCUUCCAGAUGAGCAGAAAGAAAUGCUGUUGAGGAACAUUGACAACUUUUCAAAGUUCAAGAGUUUCAGAAAAGAAGUUGGUCUUGAAGAUGUUAUCACAUAUGGUGCAGGAUUAGUGAUUCUUCUAUGUGGUCCAUCAGGAACAGGGAAGACUAUGACAGUUGAUGCUGUUGCUCAUCAUCUAGGGAAACGUGUUCUUCUUGUAGAUUUUCAUUCACUUGAAUCAGUAUUUGGGGGAAGUAAACAUGACGAUCAUUCUGUUGAUCUACGUGGACUCUUUCGCGAUGUGGAUAUGAAUGAUGCAAUUAUAUUUUUUGAUGAAUGUGAGGCUCUCUUUAAAAAGAGAGAAAGAGGUGGUGAUAAAUUGUUCAAUGCAUUGCUGACUGAGAUGGAACGACAUGAAGGGAUUAUUAUGCUAGCCACUAACCGCCCUUUAGACCUUGAUGAGGCAAUGCAUAGACGUAUUACAUGUGUGAUUGAAUUCUAUGCACCAGAUCAUACACAACGGCACAAGAUAUGGAAACUUGCAUCUGAACGCCUUCCUGUUGAAGAAGACAUUGAUUGGAUGAAGAUUUCACUAAGGUAUGAGUUGACUGGAGGCUAUAUAAAAAAUGCUUUGGUAAGCUCUUUGCUAAUGGCUAUUUCACGAGAUAGCAAUAACCCAAGGAUCACAGAAGAUGAUAUUAUUUCAGGGUGUCGAUUGCAAAUGCGUAGUAGCUUGCAGAUGAAAUCACUCAAACAAAGGAUUGUUCCAAAGACAUCUAUGGAUGAACUUGUACUAAGCACUACUUUGCAUGAACGUCUAAAUGCUAUUGUGGAAUUCGAAAAGGCGAGAGCUGUCCUCCUUGGGCAAUGGGGGUUCCAACAAGAGAGGCUUGGAGCUACAUGCUUUUUUUGGGGUCCUCAUGGGGCUGGCAAGUCUUCAGCUGCAGAGGCAAUUGGAUAUGAAUUAGGUCGUCCUCUAAAAGUUAUAAACUGCGCUCAAUUGGUUUUGAAAGAAAAUAGCUCAAACACUAGCUCCAAUGUUCGUUCAGCAUUUAAAGAUGCAAGACUUAUGGAUGCUAUUCUUGUCUUCGAUGACUUUCAGAUAUUAAGCUCUGAAACUGGCUCUUCUAAAGGAAACAGCAAUAGUAUCUCAGAAUGGUCAAAUGGAGUCAUAGGUUCCCUUUUACAUGAGUUAGGGAGUUUCCCAAGCAUGUGUAUCCUUAUUGCAAAUAUAAAACAGGGAAGCACAAUUGUUAGGUUGGAUCAUGAAUUAUUGCGUAGAUUGAAAUUUGUUGUGGAAUUUAAGAUGCCAAAUGCUAUCAUGCGGUCCCAAAUGUGGAAGAAAAUGAUACCUAAAGAGACACCGCUUGCUGAAGAUAUCAAUUUUGAGGAUUUGGGUCAUCGUUUUGAAUUUACCAGUGGAUCCAUCAACAUGGCCAUCAUUCGGGCAGCUGCAAAGGCUGCACUACGGGACAACAAAUCAUUCUGCAUUACAAUGAAAGACAUGGUGAAAGCUGCUGAGUCAGAACAAGAACACAUGAACGAUGAAGUCACUGAAAUCAUGAAACGUGCCUUUCUUUAAGAGGACAUUGAUAUUCUUCAAAAAUAUAUACGUAGGUGUCAAGAAGGCUGUCUUUUUCUGCAAAUUUUUGUCCAUUCAAUUGCCUAAUAAUUGUUCAAGUAGCAUUUAGGACAGAAAAAUUAUAAAUGAAAAUUUGAUGUGAAAAAUGUUGAUCAGGGAAGUAAUAAUAAUAAUAGUGCGUACCACCUCUACUAUUACUGGAUCAAUUAAAUCAACAUUUUUUAACGUUCUGAGAACAAAAUUUAAAGAAUUUGAAGACCAUAUAGACUGAUGGUUCAAUUUAUAAUUCAAUUAUGGUUUUUCCUGUUAA